AUGAUGUCCUCUAAUGAAGUGUCACCCCCCGCCUCCGCGGGGGUUUCUGCGACGUCUGGUCUUAUUUGUGUGCAUUGUGGCCGCGCUUAUCGAUCUGCUGCUGGGCUGAAGUGUCACUUGCGUCGAUGUCAGCCGGAGAGUGUGUUGUCCCCUUCUGUGUCUGUGCCUGCCGAACCUUCUCCGAGGAAUUUUGUGUGUGAUCACUGUGGCCGUGGAUUUUCUUCUCAGCGUGGACGCUCACUUCAUGUAAAGAGUGCUCACCCUGCUGCCUACUUCGCUGAGCGUAGCCGGUUGGCUCCCUCUCGCACGACUUGGACGACUCAGGAGGAUGCUCUUUUCCGUCGCUGUGCUUCUGCUGUGCUACAGGCGAGUGGUCCACUUGCCCUGCGUGCCCUUGCUCGCGAGGUGGGGAUUCAGUUCCCCACGCGCAGUGUGGAGGCUGUAUUCAAGCGACUGUCUAAGUUGGAUAAGGACGAGCCGCUGUUCACUCCUCCAGUGUCUUUGUCUGCUGUCGGUCCUUCUUCUUCCUCUCCCUCUCCUGCUCCCCCUGCUGUGUGUGAACCGGACCAGGUAGAGUUCUAUCGGACCUCGCUCCUGCAUUCGGCUGUCAAGCUUUUGACAGAUUCACCAUGUCAGGCCUUGGCUUCUGGUGACUUGUUGUCAGUUGCCUCGGAUCUGCUCAUGGGAGAGGCCCAACUGAGUGAUUCUGCUGCCCGUUUGGAUGCUCAUGCGGCUGUGGUUUUUCCUCGUCGCUGGCGUCCAGGAGUAAACCGGAGACCCACGGUAGUUGCGCGCCCCACCGCCAGCCAUAAACUAAGACGGGCUCAGUAUGCGGAGGUGCAAGCUCGGCUUGCCAAAAACGCGAAGGCGGGAGCCCAAUUCAUCCUUUCGGGUAAUUGGCGCAACGCUCCCUGUCCCGAAGCACCGCUGCCACCUGGUACAUUAGAGUUUUGGCGGGAGCUCACUGAGCGUCCCAGUGAGCCGGAUCAGCGGCCUAUACAACCUCCAACUGCUGUUGCUUGGGAGAUCCUUGAGCCAAUUACGGCGACUGAUGUGACUGGCAACCUACGGCUAAUGCAAGGUUCUGCUGCAGGUAUUGAUGGUUUGUCUGCAAAGGAUCUGCUAAAGUGGUCACCGUCUGCCAUUGCUGGGUAUCUGAACAUCAUCCUUGCUAUUGGCCACCUCCCUGCGCAGCAUUGUACUUGUCGAACGACCCUGGUUCCUAAAGUCUCUACUCCUACUCUUCCUUCGGAGUACCGUCCUAUAGCGGUAUCCAAUAUUAUCCCCCGCUUGCUAACUCGCAUUCUUGCUCAUAGGUGGUCUCGCCUCUGCCCCACCGCCCGUUUCCAGUUUGGUUUCCAGGAAAGGGAUGGGACGGCAGAGGCGACUUCGCUGCUUCACGGAAUGUUACGGUAUGCGGUCUCAGCUCCUAGAUCAAUUGCCGUGGCUGUGUUGGAUGUUGCAAAAGCCUUCGAUUCCGUGAAUCACGGUACGCUCUUGCGAGCUGCCGAGGCGAAUGGAGCGCCACCUCUCCUCACUACUCUGCUUGCCUCCACCUACUCUCGUGCUACUACCUAUAUUCUAGACGCCGAGGUUAGAUGCCAGCGUGGUGUCCGCCAAGGCGACCCCCUCUCUCCUCUUCUCUUUAACUGUGCUCUUUCUGAAGCCCUCUCUUAUUCUGACCGGCAGUUGGGCUUUGAUCUGGCUGGGGUGACGGUGGAUUCGAUUGCGUAUGCGGAUGAUCUUGUCCUUUUCGCUGAAUCACCUCACCGCUUGCAGCAAAGACUGGAUGGUCUGGCCAAUGGCCUUUCCCUUGCUGGUAUGGUCCUCAACUCAGCCAAAUGUCUUUCCUUCUACGUUCAGGCGCUUGGAAAGGAGAAGAGUGCGUGCCUCUGCCCGUGCGACGUGUCAAUCGGGGGGAGUGUCUUGCGCUCGCUAGGGCCGACGGACACCUUCAAGUACUUGGGGGUGCCCUUCUCAUACCGCGGGAAGGUGACGGUAGGCCACCGUUCAGCUUUGUCUGGCAUGUUGGAAGAGCUUACAAGGGCACCACUGAAACCGCAACAGCGCAUCACCCUUCUGAAGCGGCACUGUGUACCGAAGCUGCUGCAUAAACUGGUCCUCGGGGCAGUCCAUCGAAACACCCUGAAGCGGCUAGAUGUCCAAGUGAGGCAAAGUGUCCGCCGUUGGUUGAAGCUCCCUGCCGAUACGCCGACUUCUUUUCUUCAUGCGCCGAUUGUUGAUGGAGGCCUUGGUAUUCCCUGCCUGUCUGUUCUCGUUCCCUUUGCAAAACGCCGACGCCUGGACUCUGUACUCAGCUCUGCUGAACCCGUUGUACGAGCAGCUGCCACGAUGCCAUCUGCAAUUUCUGGCCUGAGGUUAGCGGCCCAACCAGUGCGUAUGGGCCAUACGGUCCUGGCCAGCAAGGACGAUGCGAGGAACUAUUGGAGGAAUGAGUUGUAUAACUCUGCUGAUGGCCGUCCGCUCGCCCAGUUUGCUAAGUCCGCCUGCGCCAGUCACUGGCUCUCCUCCCCUGCUAGGGUAUUCCCGUGGCUCUACCUUCGAGGCAUCCAACUCCGAGCGGGUGUUCUCUCCACGAAAUCCCGCAGGUCCCGUGGGGCAGGCAUUACGGACGUUUUGUGUCGGGGGCAGUGUGGCCAAAGAGAGACCCUCUUUCACAUCCUCCAAUGUUGUCAGGUGACUCACCGGGCCCGAGUCUGGAGGCAUAAUUUGGCUAUGAAACUGUUGGCUUCUAAGCUCAUUGCUCGUGGACAUGAAGUCCUGGUUGAACCCCAUAUUCCUGAGGGUCAGACCUUCAAAAAGCCUGAUAUUGUGGUGUGUGCUGAUGAUAGACUCACGGUGGUGGAUGUAGCUGUCGCCGACGAAGAUCUGAUGGAUACUGUUUACGCUGGAAAAACCCGCCACUACUCUACGGUGGAAGUUGAGGGGAAUCUUCGGAGGAUCCUCGGGAAACCAGCGGAUUUUCCGGUGUCACACGCACCGGCCAUUUUCUCGUCACGCGGCGCCCUCUCCCCACGCAGCGAGGCUAGUCUGAAGCUUCUUGGUCUGUCCAAAUUCGAUCUCUCUGACCUAUGUUUGGCGGUGAUCAGGGGUUCCUUGAAAGCCUAUGACGUCUACGUACGUGGUGCUGGCAACGGUGAAAACCAGUGA